CCAAGCCAAGGACCAGGACCAAACAUUAGGGCAGCAUUUUAAGCGCUGCGGCUACAGAAAUAGCAGUCUUCCGGGCGCCUGACCGGGCUGUGGCACUUGGCACAUCUGUUCUCUGACAGCUCUCCCGAUGCUGUCAUCUGUUCCUCUGGCUCGCCCCCUUUCUAGGUAACGUUUGUCGUAAAUGCUAUGGCUGCGGUAGCUAGAAAUCAUUGCUCCAGUUUCCUAAAACAUCGAUAGCUUAUCAAGUUAAGCUUGCCGCUUAUGUUAGCGUUAAAUCGUUUAGGGAAAAUAUUUGCUUUAGUUAGCCAGUUACAGUUAGCCAGCAAGCUAAUCCAGUUUGACAGUUCACUAGCUUGUCAGAUGGCAUCUAUAAAUGGUUAGUUUGUGGUCUAACUUAAGGCUUUUUUUGCAAGUGUCAACAUGGGAUAAUAAUUCAACCUCACCACAAAAGUUCAGAGACAGGUCCAGUGUACCUGAUGAAUCCUUUGCGACAUCUUGCUAGCUACCUUGGUAUAUCAGCAGCCUAUCUGCAUUUACAGUCUUAAUAUAAUGGGCGUUAGCGGUUUCUUCCUAUCCAUCUGUAGGGUUAGGGGCAACUAGAUGCUGCACGACAGCUUUGCUAUCUUACACUGGACAGAAUCGUUAAAGGCAUUUUGAGGGUCGUCAGUUAACUUAUUGCCUUGGAAAAUGCAAACCUAUAUUACACUAUUCGAUGGAAGUCUUUUACAGUCUCUUGCGGUUUCAUUAACCUUAGUUUGCCGUAGCUAAAUCUCUCGGCAGUCUUGGUUAAUAACCUAGCUGAAUGGCUUGCUAUGCAAUUUUCCGUUUCUUGCACCUUCCGAGUCGUGUCAGCUGAAGGGUGUUUGUUUCCUUGUACGGAUCCAAACAGUGGCUAGUUUUAGCAGAUUUUGAGGUAAACUUCUUAUCAUAUGUUGCUAGCCCGUGAAUUAUCAAAGCAAAUACUUUUUUGCAUAAUCACAAAACCGGACUCUGUUUACAAACUUGCUAUUUUUGAUGCACAUAAUGAGUGAUCAUUAUGUGAAGGUAAAAGUUCAGCUUGAACAACUGAAGUCUACGGGCGAGGUGGAGGAGGCAGAGACAGCUGGGGAGGAGCAGGUGCCCAACGAAACGCCGCCGGCAUCCCUUUCCCCUCUUCCCGUUGCCCUUGAAGUCCGGAGGGAUGCCUCAAAGAAUCCCGGCACGGCCAGGAACAGGAGCAAAAGUCGGACUAAGCUCGGGAACUAUGACAAGAGCCCUAACACUAAACAAGACGCGCCCGUUUCGAGCCACCUGGACAAUGCGCCGUCGCUCCAGGUUAAAGGUACCGGAAAGGUUUUACAGGAGAAAGCGGAGGCGAACGGAAACGUGGUGACCAGCCAGCCACAUAAAGAUAUCAAAAGUGCACACAGCAAAGAGGAUGCCAACACACUUGUCAAAAAGAGGAGACCAGUCACCGUGGACACGUCCAAGGCCAAGACAUCUCUUGAGGCGCUCAAACUCAGCAUCCGGCAGCUCAAGUGGAAGGAGUUUCCCACAGGUCGACGUGCUGCUUGUGACAUCUACUGGCAUGGCGUCUCCUUCCAUGACAACGAGAACAUCGUCUCUGGACAGGUCAACAAGUUCCCAGGGAUGGUGGAGAUGUUGCGGAAGAUUAACCUGAGCCGUGCCGUGCGCACCAUGCAGGAGCUCUUCCCGGAGGAGUACAACUUCUACCCGCGCUCAUGGAUCCUUCCGGAAGAGUACCAGAUCUUUGCCACACAGAUUCGUCUGGCUAAGGACAUUGAUUCUUCCUCACCGCGACCAACCUUCAUCGUCAAACCCGACAGCGGUUCUCAGGGCGACGGCAUCUACCUGAUCCGCGAACCGUCCGACCUGCGCUCCACGUCCACUGGGGCCAUGGGCGGGUCCGGAGCGGUGCGCCAGGCCGUGGUGCAGGAGUACAUCCAGCGCCCCCUACUGAUCGACAAGCUGAAGUUCGACGUGCGCCUCUACGUCCUGGUGCGCUCCCUCGACCCUCUUGAAAUCUACGUGGCCAAGGAAGGCCUCUCCCGGUUCUGCACGGAACCCUACCAGGAGCCCAGCACCAAGAACAUGCAUCGGGUCUUCAUGCACCUGACCAACUACUCACUAAACGUGCAGAGCGGGAACUUUGUGCACUCCGACAGUCGGAACACGGGCAGCAAGCGCACUUUCACCAGCGUGCUCGGGCGACUGGGCGCCAAGGGCGCGGACGUCAAGCGCGUCUGGUCUGACAUCAUCGCACUGGUCAUCAAGACAGUCAUUGCCCUCGUGCCUGAACUCAAGGUCUUCUACCAGGCCGACAUCCCGCCGGGCAAGCCAGGGCCCACCUGCUUUCAGAUCCUGGGCUUUGACAUCCUCCUGAUGAAGAAUCUGAAGCCGGUGCUACUAGAGGUCAACUCCAACCCCAGCAUGAGGAUUGAACACGAGCAAGAGGUAUCUCCGGGGGUAUUCGAGUAUGUGCCGAGUCCAGUGGAUGAGGAGGUCAAGGUUGGGGUCAUCAGGGACACGCUAAGGCUUAUGGACCCGCUGAAGAAACAACAUACGGGUGCAGAGCAGGAGGAUAUCCUGGUGGAGGAGGGCUCGGUGGAGAAGGCGGGGCCUGAGGACCACGCCCUCCCCUCUCUGUGCCUGAAGCAGGUCUUCCCCAAGUACACCAAGCAGUUCAACUACCUGAGGAUGGUCGACCGCAUCGCUACCAUCUUCCUCCGCUUCCUCGGGGUCAAGGGAACCAUGAGGAUGGGACCCACGGGCUUCAGGACCUUUAUAAGGAACUGCAAGCUGAGCAACACCAGUUUCUCCAUGGCCUCUGUAGACAUCCUCUACAUCGACAUCACGCGCCGCUGGGCCGGCAUGCUGCCCGACUCCAGAGAAGCAGGGAUGACUCUGCAGGCGUUUGUGGAGUCCUUCUUCUACCUGGCGGGCCGGCGCUUUAAGUCCCUCCCCCUGAGGGAGCAGGUGUCGUCACUGCUGGAGCAAUGUGAGGCUGCCCUCGAGGGGCAGGGCCAGGAUGACAAACCACGGCCAUUGAGGGUUAGCCACGCCCCAUCCACCAACCCCGCCCUAACCAACUCACCAGCACCCGCACGGCGUAACCACGGUUACCGGCUACACCAGACACUGCGCCCGUCUGCGAAAGCAAACCCAGAGCACUGAGCAAUGGAUAGAAACACACAGACACAGACAACCCCAGUGACUGGUGGAGCAGAGUGAAACUCUUAUAGACCUGAUUGCUUUAUAUGUCUGAUAGGAAGUGUAAGAGUGUGUGUGUGUGUGUGUGUGUGUGUGCAUGUGUGAUUUUACAGAGGGGCGGAGGAGGAGAAAGUGAAAGCUUGCUUUUGGUUUCUAAAAAUCUCUCUUUCCAGAACCUCAGCAAAGAAGAAAAUGUUCAGUUGUGUUUGGGGGGAAUAUUUAUAGGAAUGUGGGUGUGUGUGUGUGUGAUCACACAGGCGCUGUCUUCAGGGAAAUCUAUGGAUCUUUAACUCGCCACAUUAUUCACACACACACACACACACACACACACACACACACACACACACACACACACACUCUUUUCCCUCUCUGUCACACCAAGCUUUCUCAGCUAUUACUAUGUGCUUGUGUGACACCGAGGUUUAUUUGCACUGCCCUCCUCUCAGUAUUCCCUUCACAUGAGUGUAGUAUUCACGACACUUGAGUGAUGUGUGUGUGAACCAAUCAAGGGCAUGCUUAAUUUCCACCCCUCCUGGCUCAACCAAUCAGAGCUUGAGUAAGAACAUUAGCAUUAUCCCGACAUAUGCCGUGAUCCUUUGACUUCAGAUCUGCAGCUACACUGACAAAAUGGCCACCUCCGUUACGGACCGGUGUGAUCGUCAGGCACCACUUCAGUGCCCUAAGUGUUUACCUAUUCUAAUUUAUAUUCUAUAGAUUUCACUUUAUUUUCUUUCUAUUUUGUGAGAUAUUGACUUUUUUUAUUUUCACUUGAAAACUAGCAUGUCACUCUCUCUCACACACACACACACACAGUAGGCGCAAUCAAAGAGAUCUGCUGUGAAUCUGAUCUGGCCUAAAAACAACAGAACCGUUGCGAGUAGAAACACACUCCAGCAUGUUCGCAGACUGCAGCCGGCUCUCAAUCAGAUCCACUGCAGACCUGGGCCAGCACUGGGCCACAUCUGGUUCAGAGUGUGCCUGUAUGGGGGUCAGUGGCCCAGCUUAAGAGUCUCCCUAUUAAUCGGGUUUGAGACGGUCUUACAGGAUUCCAUCCAUCAGGUACUACUGCAACUACUUCAACUCGGCUGGACUGGGACUGAUGGGCCUCAGAAUAAACAGUAUAUUACCAAAUGAAUAUAAA